AUGGUUUACGGCAAGGACACCGACUUGGAGAAGCAACACCUGUUGCUCUCCGCCCAACACGUAAAAAUCUACCCUUCCGGCCACCACUUCAGCCCCAAACUGCCACCAGCCCUUGAGGGCAAGGUGAGCGAGGAGCGGUUCGCCCAGACGAUGGAGACCAUCAACGACAUGUGGUCGCCUUCCAGGCACCUGAGCAAGAUAUUCCUGGCCUCCAUCCUCCUCAUGAUGGUCUCGUUCGUCGCUCCUUUCGUGCUCAUCUUGCACUGGGUCACGCCACGCGAACACCUGAUGUCCAUAUGGAUACCCAUCGACAUUGCGCUGGUGCUAUUCAACAUCGCUCUGUUCUUAGUCAUUCUCUUCCGGUCUACCAAGACCAAGAGCAAGAUCGGAGCAUUCCUCGAGGAGGAGAAUGUACACUACAACCGGGUGGGCCUCAACUUGCGGUUGGUGCAGGAGAGGACGCUGGCUGGGUUCGCGGGUGACAUGAGCCUGUACGUCGACCUGUUGCAGAGCGCCAACACCUAUGGGCCGCGGAUGGAUCCAACCUCGACAGUGUGA